AUGUUUGCUCGAUUCAGCCGAACGGCCGGCCCGUUGAGACAGGGUAUCAGAAAGUACUCGACAGAGGCGCCCAAGUCCUCGUCGCAGGCUCCGCUGUUUGCCGGCCUUGCGGUGGCUGCUGGCGCAGGAUACUACUACUGGCAGAUGCAGCAGAUGCCCGGCGCGGCGAUCAAGAAGGACCGCAAGCCAGUAUUUACCGGCGGUGAUCAGGGAUGGGUCGACCUGAAGCUUUCGGCAGUUGAGGAGGUCAGCCAUAACGUCAAGAAGCUUCGGUUCGAGCUGCCUGACAGCGAGAGCGUCUCUGGCCUUCACAUCGCCUCGGCCCUGUUGACCAAGUUCAAGGGCGAAGGAGACGCUAAGGCGACCAUCCGCCCCUACACGCCGGUGAGCGACGAGGACGAGCCCGGCCACCUGGAGCUGCUGGUGAAGAAGUACCCCGGGGGCCCGAUGUCGACGCACAUCCACGAUCUGACGGUGGGCGAGCCGCUCUCGUUCAAGGGCCCGAUCCCCAAGUACGAGUGGGAGGCCAACAAGCACAGCCACGUCUGCAUGGUGGCCGGCGGCACGGGCAUCACGCCCAUGUACCAGCUCAUCCGCAAGAUCUUCAGCAACCCCGCGGACAAGACGCAGGUGACGCUGAUUUACGGCAAUGUGGGCGAGGAGGACAUCCUGCUGCGGCGGGAGCUGGAGCACCUGGAGAACAUGCACCCGCGGCAGUUCAAGGUGCUCUACCUGCUGGACAAGCCGGGAGAGGGCUGGACGGGCGGCAAGGGCUAUGUGACGAAGGAGCUGGUGAAGAUGGCCUUCCCGGAGCCCAACACGGAAGGAAUCAAGCUGUUUGUGUGCGGGCCACCGGGCAUGUACCAGGCGGUCAGCGGCAACAAGGUGAGCCCCAAGGACCAGGGCGAGCUGACUGGUAUCCUGAAGGAGCUGGGCUACACCAAGGAGCAGGUGUAUAAAUUCUAG